AUGGGGAAUUGCAAUGUUUUAGCUAAAUAAGAAGAAUUUUAAGAAUCUAGUAAAGAUUUAAAUUAUAAUAAUAGUGUAAUCCAUAAGAAAUUAUGAAAUUAUUGAAGUCUUAGGAAAAGGUGGUUUUGGAAAAGUUCUUAAAGUCAGAAGAAAAAAAAAUAACUAGUUGUUUGCCAUUAAGAAAAUGUCUAAAGCAAAGUAUUUAAUAUAAAAUAAACUAGAAUAAUUACUGAAAAAUGUAUAACAGCAAUUUUGAAUGAGAAAAAUCUCCUAAUUUAACUAAGACAUCCUUUUAUAGUGAAUAUGCAUUCUGCAUUCUAAGAUAAGGAAAGCCUAUAUCUAGUAUUAGACUUAUUAACUGGGGGAGACUUAAGAUUUCAUAUUUACAAGAACAAAAGGUUUUCAGAAUAAGAAGUGAGUAUGAAAAAUUGUUCAAUUAUAGAAUUUUUUGCUGCCUGUAUAAUUACUAGUCUAGAUUAUUUACAUUAGUAGGGAAUAAUUCAUAGGGAUCUAAAACCAGAGAAUCUCGUCUUUGAUGAUAAAGGAUAUUUGAGACUUACAGAUAUGGGAAUUGCAAGAAUUUGGAGACCUUAAAAUUCUUCAGAUGCAAGUGGUACACCAGGAUAUAUGGCACCAGAAGUGCUUUGUAGAUAAAAUCAUGGAAUUGCUGUAGAUUUUUUUGCUCUUGGAAUUAUUUUACAUGAAUGUAUGCUUGGUAAAAGACCUUAUGUUGGAAAAACAAGAUAAGAAAUACGCGAUUAAAUUCUUGCUCAUUAGGCUUAAAUUAAAAGGAUGGAUUUACCUGUUGCUUGGUCUCUUGAAGCAGCAGAUUUUGUGAACCAAGUAAUCAUUAUAAAUAAUACAAGUUAAUUUAAAGAAAACCUUAAAAUAGAUUAGGAACUAAUAAUCCUAAUGAUGUUAAAAACCAUCCAUGGUUUUCACAAUUUGAUUGGAAUUCAUUAUUAAAAAAGACAUUACCUCCACCAUACAAACCAAAACCAUAUUCAAAAUAAAAUAAUUUUUAUGAUUCUACUGAAACUCCUGAAGAUGAUAAUUUCGUUAUUCUGAGAAAUAACACUCUUAAUGGUAAAUUUAUAUAUUAAUAUAAGAAUAAUUUAAUUAAUAUUGCUAUAAUCCUGAGAUAUGUAUGUAAAAAUGA